ACACGCAGUGUUGUCCAAAGAGGCACUGGGCAGCUGAAACACCGAUUUCAUGUCUUGCACAGUGAGGUCCGGGUCAGCCCACCAUUGAAGGUGUGCAAGAUGGUGCAUGUUUGUGCUAUGUUGCACAAUAUAUGUAAAGACAGGAAUAUUCCUAUUCCUAUUGAUGCAGGCCACCCUGACUUUGAAGAGCAGCAGCACGACAUCGUACAAGAAGUGCCACCACUUCCAGCUGCUCGACAAAAUCCGGGUCGCCUGUAUCGAGAUGAAUUCUGCAACUUGCAUUUCAACAUUCCUGCUUGAAGUGCGGAUCUCCUGCCCUUCAGCACACAUGGCCAGUCACAUGCCAAGACGAUGGAAUGCUGUCAGCGAGCAGCAUGGAAGACGCAGAGAGAGUGGUGGUCAGGUGGUGGUGGAGACAGGGAGAGUAUGUGGCCUGGAGAUUAAAAACAGAACACCAAUAAUCUUGUGACCUCCAUGCAUCCUUCCUAAUGUCAAUAAAGUUGUCUUAUCAUGCCCAAAAUUGUCUUAUAAUGCCCUCAAAAAAUACCAAUCUAUCUCAAAAUGCCUCAAAACA